UCCCCCUGGAAAAGCCCUAAUCCCCCUGCCAUUAAAAUCCUCCUUCACCACCAUCGCCAUUUCUCAGAUCUCCAAAUUCACUUUCGAUUCCCUCUCCCUCUCCGCAGUUUCUUCCAUGUCCGCCUCCGCCAAGCUCUUCGCGCCACCUCUGGCCUCCGGAUCGCGCCGCUCCUCCGCCAGCUUCUACGACAUCCUCCGAGUCAACCACAACGCCUCCUCCGUCGAGAUCAAGACCGCCUACCGGAGUCUCGCCAAGAUCUAUCAUCCGGAUUCGUCGCGGAAAUCGGACUGCGAUGGAUCUAGUUUCAUUGAGAUUCACAAUGCGUACGAGACGCUUUCGGAUCCUGCUACUAGGGCUCAUUACGACCUCGCUUUGGCCGCUCUCACCAGACGCUCUUAUCUGUACUCCGUCGGGAGUAGAUCCCGCCCGAGGCCGCCGCACCGGCGGUGGGAAACCGAUCAGUGCUGGUAGAGGUCGGAAUGGAAUUAGAUCGUAGAGAAUUUGUAAGUCGCGUCUCGAUUUGGAUGUGGCAUUUGUACAGAGAUGUUUUUGAAUGUUCUUCUUCGUAUUAGAGUAAAUAUUGCGGCCAUUUUUUCUCUUUUUUGUUCAAAAUGGUGAGUCAACCAAUCUCUUUCUAUGAUCUUGAUUUCUUUCUGUUGAUUUUCUCUUCCUGUGCAAUUGAGUACUGAAGAACUUUGGAUCGAAGAUGCGUAUUUUUCCUGCAUUUCUUUGCUUGCAAAAGAAUUGAAGAACGUUAGUUUUCUUUUA